AUGAAUGUAAAACUAAAUCCAAGUUUAGCUGAAAUUCAUAUAGCAGCAAGUCAUUUACGUUCAAUUUCAGUUCCUAUAACACCAGUUCUAACAAAUUCAAUAUUAAAUAAAUUAACUGGACGAAAUAUUUAUUUAAAAUGUGAAAAUUUCCAACUUACGGGUUCAUUUAAAAGUCGUGGUGCAUUAAAUACAAUUCUUAAUGCAAUGAAAAUUGAACCAAAUCUAAAAGGUUUUGUUACAUAUUCAUCCGGAAAUCAUGGUAUAGCUGUAGCUCAUGCUGCGUCACUUGUACAACGACCAUGUAUUGUUGUUCUUUGUAAUGAUACACCGAAAAAUAAGAUUGAUGCUAUCAAACAAUAUGGAGCUGAAAUAGUUCUAUGUGAAUCGACACCAUUAAGUCAUAUAGCAAUAUGUUUAGAUAUCGCUAAAGAACGCGAGUAUUAUGUUGUACCAGCAUCUGAUCAUUGUGAUGUUAUCGCUGGACAAGGAACUAUUGCAGUUGAAUUAAUGGAGCAAAUAUCUGAUUUAGAUGCUAUAUUAGUUCCAGUUAGUGAUGGUGGUUUAAUAAGUGGUAUUGCUCUAUAUGCUAAACGUAUUAAUCCAAAUAUACGAAUAUAUGCAUGUGUACCUGAAGGAAAAAUGCUUGAAGAAUGUCUAGUUGAAGGUAAACGUUUAUGGCCUGACCCACCUCAAUUUCUUGAAACAGAAUGUAAAGCAUGUCGUUCACAACAAUGUGGCAUGAUUACAUUUCCAAUAAUGUGUUCAUUUAUUGAAAAGCAAGUAUUUACCAUACCGGAUAAAGUCAUGAUUGACGCAACACGAUUUGCAUUUGAACAUCUUAAAUUAGUUAUUGAACUUGCUUCGGGAUUAUCACUUGGUGCUAUACUUUCUCAACAUAAUAAACUUGAUACAAAUAUUCAUAAUAUAGCGGUUAUUAUAACUGGUGGUAAUAUUGAUCUGAAUGAUCGAUUACCUUGGCAACAAGAAAAAUAA